UUUUUUUAUAAAGAUCCACCUUCCCACUUACUCACCACCAUCCUAAAGUCCAAAUUGUCCUUCCCGUUUAUGGGUUUAGACUUUAGAGGAUGCAUAUCAUGCAAUGGAUAAUAUAGUCUUUUCAAGGGCAUGAGUGGUUGUUUGUUUCCCAUGAAAAUUCAAAUCAGUUAUUAAUGGAAUUUCACGAAAGUCCAAAGAGGGAAAUUCAUGCUAUGAAACAAAGUAACAUCUAAAUUCUAAUACAGCCCCUUCACCGGCAAAGUAUCCUCAUUUCCCUCUCUUUCUCCUCAAUCAGUAUCUUCCAGUGCCACUGUUGAUGGGUUCUUUACUUCUUUAUAGCUUCCCCCAUGAAUAUAGUACCUCUAUUUUGUUCUACAGAACAUUAUGGUAUCAUGUUUUUCUUUUGAAUUUCUCCUUUUUUGCUUCUAUAGUUGCCUUCAUACUGUUAUGGUUGGUUGUUGAGUUUUCAGUUGACCGGUUGUGAUGUUUCUGGGUGUGCACUUCCUUAUUACCAGUCGUUUUACGCUCUUUCUGAUUUCAAUCUUAUGUGGGUAUGGUGGUGGGUUAAGGGCAUGGCAUGGCAUGGUCUGCCCAGUAGUUUGGUGAAACAGAUUCAGGAUAAAGUAUAACCAAUCUCAUUUAAUGGAUCACGGGAAACUAAAGAAACUACAUAGUUGAAGCUUGGCAUGCUUUAGGGGGGUUUGACAUUUAACCUGCCUAUUGUCAUGGUUGAUGGUAUGGAAGAUGACGAUGCUUUCACUAAGCCCCUUGGAAGACAGGCCGUCUUUUAUUAUGGAGUAGGACAUAUGCUCAAUGAUAUCACAUCUGCUUGUUGGUUUACUUAUCUCUUAGUGUUUUUGACAGAUAUCGGCCUCCCUUCAAGGGAUGCUGCUACUGUUAUGCUUUCAGGACAGAUAGCUGAUGGAUUCACAACCAUAUUUGCCGGUGAACUGAUAGACAGGUUUGGACAUUUCAAAAUAUGGCAUGGGGCAGGAUCUAUUUUGGUUGCUGUUUCAUUUUCCUCCGUUUUUGGCGGUUGCCUACCUUGCAAAAUUUUUGGUUCCAAUUCAUCCACGUUGCAAACUGUUGGGUACAGCAUGUUUGCCGCAAUCUUCAAUGUGGGCUGGGCUGCUACUCAAGUUUCACACAUGUCUAUGGUGAAUUGCAUCACGCUGAAUUCAACAAGCAGAGUAGUUCUUGCUAGCUGUCGUAAUGCUUUUACAAUGGUUGCCAACCUGAGCCUAUAUGCAGUUGCUUUCGUUGUGUUCAAUUCCAGCAAACCACAUACACUUGUUGAUAUUGAAAAUCAGUACCGCUGGAUUGCAUAUUUGUCGAUCGCUAUUGGAUGCUGCUUUGUGGCCAUUUUUCUCCUUGGAACAAAAGAGCCAAGAUUAAAAAAAGGGGCUCAUGGAAAAGGUUAUGCAAGGAUUUUAUGGUCUCACUGGUUCAGAAAAGUUUUAUACUACCAAGUUGCUCUUGUCUAUGUGCUCACCAGACUAGUGACCAAUGUUUCACAGGCAUUUCUUGCUUUCUAUGUCAUUAAUGAUCUGCAAAUGUCACAAUCAUCUAAAGCUUUGGUUCCUGCAAUCAUCUACAUUUGCAGCUUCAUCGUAUCUAUCAUUUUACAGGAGUUCACAUGGUCAGGCCAACGCUUGAAGGCCUUCUAUUCUGCUGGAGGAAUUCUUUGGAUAAUUUGUGGAGCAGGGAUCCUUUUUCUACCCAGAAACAUGAAUGCUUUUAUGUACAUUUUAUCAAUAAUCAUCGGCAUAGCAAACGCCUUAAUGAUGGUGACUGGUGUAAGCAUGCAAAGUUUUCUAGUUGGUGAAGAUCUCCAUGGCUGUGCAUUUGUUUAUGGCUCAUUGAGUUUCUUGGACAAAAUUUCAUGUGGGCUAGCCUUGUUCGUUCUUGAGUCAUAUGGAAAUUCCUCUCCAGACCUCCAGGGAUCAGUUAUUUCACGUUUUUCGGUUUCAAGAUAUGGUUUGGGUGUUGUACCAGCAGUUUGUGCGCUUGUUGGGGUGGUGGUAACAUACACUAUGAAUCUGCAUACUCCCGUUCCAAAACCUAUAAUGGAGCCACUGUUGGCCUAAUGUCAAAAGGCUGGAGCAGGUGAUAUUCCUCAAGGAUUGCCUGGAAAUAAAGGACUCAAAAGGCUUGAGACUUCUUUGGGGACAAGCUAGAUGAAGUGUUUGGCUGCGGAACAGAUUAAAAAGUAGUGAUGGGUUUUAAAUUUUUUAGUCAUUGCUGAAACCCUAGCAGGAUGUUUGCCCCUAUACAAUCUUGAUUUUCUAUCUUCAUUUACCAAAUCAUCAUUCAUUACUGACAUUUCAUUUUACAGAUUCAAAUGUACAGAAUCUCUCAAAUUUUAAGCAAGAACUAGCAUUCAUGUCA